UAUCUUGAGUUUCAGUCUCAUAUUGUCCUUAGUGGUCCAAAUGGCAUUUGUGAAAAAAUCGAAAAACAAGUACAAUAAUUAUAUGUUUACACCAGGAAAUUUUGAUGCAUGCAAAUUCUUAAAGAAUCGAUCACAAAUGCCAAUUGCAAAUUAUUUGUUUACCAUUAUUGGGGACUAUACAAAUUUGAAUCACACCUGUCCUUAUAAGGGUGAGAUUGUAAUCGAUCGCUUUCGCAUCAAUAUGGACCGCAUAAAAUGGAUACCCAUGCCGCCAGGUGACUAUGGCAUUUUAUCGCACUUUUCUUGCAAUGGCAAGGAGAAAUUUUAUUUGAAGAUUUUCUUUUCAUUUACCGAUUGAGUGUCAAAGCUUUUGAAGCAGUAGCUACACGUGUUCCUUUUGAUUGGUACAAUCAAACAGAUGAUUUAAAUGAUUCGUAGGGAAGUCCUUCGUUUGAGACUCACAGAUCUUGUGUAUCGAACUGGUUGGUCCUCAGUUUAAUUUGUCGGCUAUGUUGGAAUUUUUCUAUAGGUGUAUGUAUGU